GGUCGACUGAUUCCUAUUCCUUCUUCAGGUUCUUCCUUCUCUGAGGCCGCUCCUGGCUGGGUGAGGACCCCUGUUAACCUACUUGUGUUCGGCCUCUUUUUCUCAUCAUGAUACUUAAUUUAUUUUAGAGGCUGGCUUGCGGUCGGCUUUCUCCAUGAACAGAGACCAGACUCUCUUCCUGUUUUGUUCCUCCAUCCAUGGCCGACUCCACUACAUCCUCAACUCAGCGCAGCUGCUGGGUGGUGGCGGGCCCUGAUUCAAUUCUGAGCCUCUCAGCUGUUUGCCAGGAGUAGGACCAGCCGCCUGCACAGGCGGAUUCACUAGGGUUUCUGUUCUUACAGCACUUCUUCCCUCGGUGGCCAUCACUGUCCAACUGCCAAGCAAGGUGGGGGACUCCGUGCUUCUGAUGGCAGAGUGUCCUCCGCGGUUCCAAGUUCGUGAGGCCAUCUGGCGAUCUCUCUGGCCAUCAGAGGAGCUCCUGGCCACAUUUUUCCGGGGUUCCUUGGAGACUCUGUACCACUCCCGUUUCUUGGGCCGAGUCCAGUUACAUGGCAACCUCAGCCUGGAGCUUGGGCCCCUGAAAACAGGAGACAGCGGCAACUUCUCUGUGCUGAUGGUAAACACCGAGGGUCAAACCUGGACCCAGACCCUGCAUCUCAAGGUGUAUGAUGCAGUACCCAAGCCCGAGGUUCAAGUAUUCACUGCCGCAACGGGGGAGGCUCAACCGGUCAAUACCUGCCAGGUCUUCCUAUCCUGUUGGGCCCCCAACAUCAGUGACAUAACCUACAGCUGGCGACGGGAAGGGACAGUGCACUUCGAUGGGGAACAAGAGCAGAACCUUUUCUCAAGUGGACAGCUGUUAAGUGUCUCGCUGGGACUGGGAGACGAGGACGUGGCCUAUACCUGCAUUGUCUCCAACCCUGUGAGCUGGGAUAUGGCCACGGUCACUCCCUGGGAGAGCUGCCAUCCUGAGGCAGCCUCCGGGAAGGCCUUCUACAAGGAUGUACUCCUGGUCGUGGUGCCGGUCUCACUCUUCCUCAUUCUGGCUGGUCUCAUCGGGGCAUGGCACCAUGGCCCCUGCUCAGGGAAGAGAAAGGAUGCCUGCACUGACAGAGUGGUUCCAGAGACGGAGAAUCCCCUCGUGUAGGGUAUGUCAUGAGAGACAACAUAAACUGGUUCUUGGAUCCUGAUGAGAUGCCCUGCCUAGCCACAUGGUGCUCCACACCAGGAAACCUCCCAGGAGCCUCAUCACUUCCACAAGUCUCCCGUCUGCCCUCUAGUGAACAGUCGAGGAAGCCACAAUCCUGGAAGGCCAUCACUCG